UUGUUUCUCAAAGAUUUUUCCUCUUCCUUUUACAGCGUGUGUUGUGUGUUUUUUCAAAUUUUGUUUUUUGUCAAUUUCAAAAAGAAUUUAAUUAAAUUUUGACCAACCAAAAAUGCAAAACGAUCACGGUGAAUGUGUUGAUCUUUAUAUUCCGCGUAAAUGUUCGGCAUCAAACCGAAUCAUUCACGCUAAAGAUCAUGCAUCAAUACAGAUAAAUUUCGUUGAUAUUGAUGAAAAUGGUCUUUUCAAACCAUCAUGUACAGCUUAUGCUAUUUGUGGUGCAUUGCGACGAAUGGGUGAAUCGGAUGAUUGUAUCAAUCGUUUGGCUAAACGUAGCGGAAUUCUGCCAAGGAAUUUUUGAA